AUGGUUCAUUACGUUCGAUUCUUACGCACUCCACAGACGGAUGUUGGCAAGAAGACAAUCGACAUCUCAGCAGUGGUUGCAGUCACCACAGACUUAGGCGACGCUCUGUACCCGCUGGAUGCUGAUCUUCUUGUCGAGGUUGUAGAAGCUAAUCGUCCGUAUGGGGUGCUUCAUUCUCAAACCGUCAAGUGGCAGGCUAUGGCCAGGGCCCUCAAAGUCAUUGUCAACUGUCCUGGCAAGUAUACGUCAAGAUCUGUACGGCUUCAUGUGACGACCCCGGCAACAACCUCUACCCUGGCAGCGUUUGACGUGCCCAAUAUCCUCGAUGUUUGGAGUGUGACCUUUCCUCUAUCUGACAAACACCGGACUGAGCCCAUCGUGGAGCGGCAGCUCAUGUUGCCCAACAAAAGCCGAGUUCGCAUGUGGGAGGAAACCGGCGACAGUAUCGCGCGACAUAUCUGGGAUGCUGGUUUAGGGUUUCUAAUGUAUUUUACCCAAGCCCUGUCGCCCACGUCAACAAAGGGCGUGACCAAACUUGCUGCUCUCAUGAAGUCCAGCAAGGUAAGACGCUUGCGGGUGCUGGAACUAGGGGCUGGCUGUGGCAUUGUUGGCGUUGCUCUUGCUCAGCUUGUCAAAUGCGACAUGCUCCUUACCGACUUGGAUGAUGCUCAGGAGAUUCUGGCAAGCAAUUUACAGUGUGCUUCGCCAUUGGCCGGGUCUACGAUCAAAGCAGAGGUUUUGGACUGGGCUUCAAGUCUUGAUGAUAGUUCCAAUGCGAAUUACGAUCUCAUCUUGGUUUCGGAUUGCAUCUACAAUCCUGACAGCAGCGUUCAUCUGGUAGAGACUCUGAGGCAGUUGGCCACUCGUACACCGAAUGUGCUGGUUCUGGUCGGGUUCAAACGACGACACGAAGCCGACACCAUCUUCUUUGAACGAAUGCAACAAACCAACUUCGAUAUUGCCGAGACGCUCAACAUCCCUCUACCUCACACAAUUACUGAGCAAGACACGGAGCCUCCCAUGACUGAAUUCUACACUUACACAUUCCGACCGCCGCCAAAGUCGGGCUGA